CUGUCAAACCAGCUGUUUACAAACAGCCAUUUUUGUUGGGAGAGCAAUUUUCUCGAUCGUCGUAUGAAAUUUUACACCCUAUCGCUGCAAUUACCGCACAGCGCAAGUGAAUCUUUUGCUAUAGUGUUCAGCUGCAGCAUUCAACGAAGAUGGCAGGAAACUUCUGGCAAAGCUCACACCACCAGCAGUGGAUUCUGGACAAGCAGGAUCUGAUCCGGGAGCGUCAGCACGACCUGAAAACGCUCUCCGAAGAAGAGUACCAGAAACUCUUCAUGUUCUUUGCCAACAUCAUACAGGUGCUGGGAGAGCAGUUGAAGCUGCGCCAGCAGGUCAUUGCUACGGCCACCGUGUACUUCAAGCGGUUCUACGCGCGCAACUCACUGAAGUGCAUCGAUCCGCUGCUGCUGGCACCGACAUGCAUACUGCUCUCGUCCAAGGUGGAAGAGUUCGGUGUGAUAUCGAACUCGCGACUCAUCACCACGUGCCAGACGGUGAUCAAGAAUAAGUUCAGCUACGCCUACCAGCAGGAGUUCCCGUACCGCACCAACCACAUCCUGGAGUGUGAAUUCUACCUGCUCGAAAAUUUGGACUGCUGUUUGAUUGUGUACCAACCGUACCGCCCGCUGCUGCAGCUCAUGCAGGACAUUGGCCAGGAGGAACAGUUGCUCACUCUUACCUGGCGGCUCAUCAAUGACUCCCUACGCACGGACGUGAGUCUUUUGUAUCCCCCGUAUCAGAUCGCUAUCGGUUGUCUGCAGAUAGCGUGUGUCAUUCUACAGAAAGAGCUAAAAUCCUGGUUUGCCGAGCUAAACGUCGACAUGGACAAGGUGCAGGAGAUCGCACGCGCAAUCGUUAAUCUGUUCGAGCUGUGGAAAGGAUACGAUGAGAAGAAGGAGAUCCAGGCGUUGUUGGAAAAAAUGCCCAAACCGAAGCCGCAUCCUCAGCGGUGAUUUGGUGUCGACCCUAGCAGCGAUCUCGUACGGACUGGCCUAGACUGAAUGCCAGUCAAUCGCGUUCACCUUUCCAUACUAAAUAAUCACGCACGCCCGCUCGAUAGAGGUAACAGAACUGAUUCCGUACAUCGUACCGGUAGCUUGUAAUGAAACUUGUGAUUCCGAGACUUCUAUGGGGGAAACACAUCCUUGUAUCACCUUGAACGAAUAAUAAUUUAUUCUACUUACGUAAA